UUAUGAAGGUGAAAGAAACUGCCAUGACAGCUAAUCAUUACAUACUACAAUGAGAGUCGGUACUACUUUUGAAAGAAGCAUCAAGGAACGAGUAACUCUACUUUUUAUAACGGAGCCCCGGCAGUGAGGUUGUGGGAUGUCCUUCGGUGAGACGCGGCGGGUGGGGGCGGAGGGAUCUACGCUCGGCAGCACGGUUUGCCCCGGUGACGCAGUCGGUUGCUAGGUGUGAAUGAACUGAUGCUUUCUCACAAUUAAGCAGCGCCUCAGUUUACAGGUCGGACACAACAAAGCAACAACUCGUCUGUUUUGUUUUUGUUAGCGCUGCCCCGGAUAUUCCGAGCUAAAACAUGGCUCUUUAAACUCGUGAAGUUGUCGGACCCGAGAAGAAGUCGUGCUUUGCUUUAGCAACGCACCCCCAAGUGCUCUACAUUUUUCUCUGCAAUAAUGGAGUUUCAUUAUGCUCACCCAGCCCUGCUCUCUGUGGCCCAUCUGUCAGACCCUGCUUGCUCUCAACAUAUGUUUGGACUUGGACUGAAUCAAAGCACCAACAGACAAAAUGAUGGCAACAUCAGCUCCUGUUUGGAAGACUCUUCGUGUCUGCCCGGCAGACCCCCUCGCUCUCUCUCACCCACAGGCUAACCACAGCCAAUCACAGGGGUGCAGGGGGGAGGUGUCAGAGGAGAGUCAGCACUUAAUUGGUGAUGGUCUCACUGACUGGAUGACGGAAGAAGUGGAUUUCUCCUCGUACCUCCCAAACCCUCCUUCCCCUCCCUCCUCCACCAAUGCCUCCCUUCCCCCUUCACCCCUUCAGAAUGAUAUCCAGGUGCCCUCUGACUUGGAGGUCAUGACCUCUCUGCUGCAAGAGGAACUGGCCCAACUAGAGGACUACUUCCUGUCUGAACCACUGCCAGAGAAAGGGCCGAGGCUGGGAAAAUGCGACAGGGGUCCACUGCCGGCGGGUCCUCAGCCGUACAGUCAGCUGCCAUACGCAUCAUACUCUACAUCCAACCAAUCGGAAUCCAGCCCACUUCUUGUUACCCUGGCAACGGGAGAACUGGACCUGCUCAGUAUCUGUGGCGGGCCCAUUGGGCGAUCCAAAAUACCAAGACACGCCCCAUAUAGCUGCAGUCGCCCCAGUGGGUGUGGUAGGAAAAGGGUUCCUGAUGGUGUGAGGUUCAGUGAAGGCUACGAUAACAGUUCAUUGAGUUCCAAAGGAAGUAACUCAGGUAACUCAGCGGCGACCCUUACAGGUAACUAUGGCUGUGUAGAGGACGAGCAGCUGGUAGGGAAAAGCUACUGUCUGGGUAGUGCAGUCGAGGUCAGGAGAUGUGCCGUUCUACCGAAAGAAGAGAAGAAUUGCUGUUUCAGUCAAGAUGUCGUAGGUGGUGCGAAGGUUGUUGGUGGUGGAUUUGGCUUUGGUGGAUCACUUGAUGUCCCACAUAAGAAAGAGGAUCUGCUGAUGUAUAGCAUGAGGGAGGUCAGCGGAGGCACUGGCAACAACGAGGUGCUGAAUAGUAUCAAAACUAGUGUGGAGGUGACAAAAGCCACUGUUUCUUGGAAGUCAGAGAGCAGCGAAGGUUGUUACCUUCCAGCAACGCCGCAGUCUGAGGCCUAUCAUAGCUUUUUAGGCAACAUCAACGAACAGGUGAAAUCAGAGAGUCUUCAGAUAGGGCAACAUGAUUUACACUGUAAUUUCCUGGAGGAUCAGGGCCCAGAGUGUCUUUUAAUGGCUAGGGAGAGUCUGAACAUGGAGUCUUCAGGGCACAGACAAGCCUGCAGGCUGAAGGAAGACCACUGUGAUUUGCAAUACGAUGUGGACAUCAUCCCAGCUGAAGGCGGCGAGCGCAAACAGAAGAAGAGAGAUCAGAACAAAACUGCCGCUCACAGGUAUCGCCAGCGAAAAAGGGCGGAGCUAGAUUCUUUGGAGGAACAGUUGCAUUGCCUUGAAGGGAGGAACCGGGAGCUCCGGGACAAGGCAGAGUCGGUAGAACGAGAAAUCCAGUAUGUCAAAGACCUGCUGAUUGAAGUUUACAAGGCCCGCAGCCAAAGGCACAAGCAGGACACCACAGCAUAACACCAAGCUCCUGCAAGUACUCUUAAAGGGGGCGGAACAGGGAAAAUGUUUGUGUCUUUAAGAUUGUUUAAUGAAUUUUUUUUUUUUCAUGGCGGGCGGGGUAAAUGCAUGCUUUGCUAACGUGAAUUAUUUUUUACCUUUUAAACCAACACUCCUAUCCAAUGCUUCCAUUGCUUUCGCACUCUGAUCACUUGAGCGUGCACUGUGGCGUUCCAAUGCUUUAACGACAAUCAUUUUUAAUAGAUCUCACACUGCGUGAAUCUACUGAUUGAAAUACGGUUAUUUCUGAAGAAGUAAUGCUAUUCAUUAUGCAGGUUUAAUAUUUUUAAUAGCCUUACAUUGGAAUUGAUGUCAGCAAUAGAAUUUAAUGUUGUUUUUUUAUUUAUUUUUAUUUGCCAUUACAUUUUCAGUAGUUGAAGUAGACAAAUAUGUUGUUGUUGUUGUCCACAUGUGAAACAGCAUCAUUUCAUUUUGAGCACAUCUUUCAAACCUCCCUUGAACGGCAGAUAUUUAAAAUGCUAUGAAUAUUUUAAAAUAUUGGAAUUGACUUUAACAUUGCGAAAAAGAUCCGCUGAUAUACAGAAGAGCAAACAACUUUUCGUCAUCCACCUUAGCAAAAAUCUACCAUUUUUAUCAUUUAAUAUUGUUUGUUUUUAUUUGACAAAGUGUUGGAUUGACUUCAGGUUUAGUGCAGCCCUAAUUAUUAUUAGAUAUUCUGAUUUGUAAGUUUUAAGCAUGUAGUUCUUUUUUUCCUUUUUUGUUUUGCUAAAGGUCAAACAUCUACAUUUUACCCUGCUUUGUUAGAAACGUUACUUUGUCUGCUGUAUUUAUUUUAUUUUCUGGAUUUUUGUAUUACUUUAAAAAAAAAAAUUACUUAUUUUUUUCCAGCAGCGAUUGCAAAUAAUGUCCAAAUAAUACAUUCUGUGACCAAAAUAGAACUUAUUUAUCAUUUGCACAGUUUUGAAGGUGGAAACAUUUUAUUGUGUUUGUGACGAUUUGUAAAAUUGUCUUCUUUUGCAUAUUGCAAAUUAAAUUAAUCAAUUUUUGCAGCUCAGGAUAUGCAAUUUGUCCUCCAGUCCUACAAAUGUCAGUGGAUGAUUGAGACUACUGUCCUUUUUUAUUUCACUGCUACUGACUUACAAAUUUUCCUGUUUGAUGUAAAAAAAAAAGAAGAAGAAAAAAAAAGGCUUUCCUUAUUGUACAAAUAUUGUAACUUGUGGAGAUUUAGCAGCCUCCUUCUGCAUGUUUUUCCAUUAACAUACUCUCUCUCUCUCUUUGAAUAGAAAAUGUAGGAUUUUAGAAACAAGUCUGGGAUUCUUUCUCUACACUGCUUGUUAAGGCAAUAAGUUUUAUAGGCCUCUGGCUGAUCUGCACUAAUUUGUAACAACUUUUGUAUGUUCAGAGAGUGGAGUGUGUUAGCCUUUCCUUUGUAGAAAAUUAACUGGGGAAUAAAAUCUCAUUAGAUUAUUUGUUGAGGCUUUUGCAGUGUUAGCUUUGGUGUAAGAGGAUACUGUCUGAGUUAUUUUACAAUUAAUUUGUUGCUAAGCAAAUAACCACUACUGUUACUGCCUAUACCGAGGAUAGAUUUCUUUCUAUGCAUAUUUAUUUUAGACAAUCUUGGAUAUGAGCGCUGACUUAUAGACAUGUAUUUAUAACGUUUGUCCAGCUUUUGGAAAGAAAUUCAUGUCACAUGUUUGACCCCCUCUGCGGUGUACUAUCAACUCCGAUUGUUGAAACCAAAAAUGUGUGAUGACAGAACAUUAUAACGCUUUGUAAUGUCAAGUUCAUUUACCCAUAUAUGCAUAUUUACUUUGUGUGAUGUCAACUCUUUUUUUUUUUUCCUUUAAAAAAAUAAAGUGUGUCUCCAACUCA